AACAGUGGAACUCUGAAAUGUUGACGACGAGCGGUUGAAAAUUUUAUUACAUUAAUUGGUUGGGUUUAUUUUGUGAAGUAAUAUCUUACUGAUGUGUUGAUUAUUGUAGAGUUUUUAAAACAGUCUUUACGAGAAAAAUAAAUUAAUGAGUUUUGCACAACUGUUAAUUAUUAAUUGAAAUAGUUAACCCGAACAUGGUCAUCCAUGUAAAUGUUGUCCGUAGCCCUAUUUCAUACUGCUAAUAAAACCUAAAACAUGAGUAUUUUUUAAAUAAUUUUCUAUAAUGAGAUCUGUGAAUGAAAGUUUUGUCUCAAAUUUAGUUUAGAGAACGGGUAUGGCUUUCAUGAAAUGCGCAUACAAGAAUUAGGUCCUACACCAUGUUCCAAAAUGACAGAAGAAAGAAGUAGGCCUAUGAAUGGUGAUUUGUCCAGUGGAAUCAAAAAAGAAUUGACCUGUAAAGAUAAAAAUGGGCCAACAAGCCCAAGUGUAACUACCAACUGUGAGUCUGAUAGUGUUAAUAGUAUUAGUGGGGGAAGACUUAAAUUUUUUAAGGAUGGGAAAUUUAUUUUGGAACUUUCACACCGUAAGGAAGGUGAACGAACUUGCUGGAUACCUGUUCCCAAAAAGACGUUUUGGCCAGCAGUUGGAACGCCAAAGCAGGAAUGCUCUACUUCGCUUAGUGUAUCUGAUGACAAUUCGUCAGUCCAGUCAUCGCCAUGGCAGAGGGACCAUUGUUGGAAGCAGAAUGCUCCAGUCCACAACGCUGGGAGAGGUAUGGAGUUUAUGAUGACAAAACGUAGAAGUCAUCAUCGGUUAAAGUACACUCCAAAAAGUGUACGGCGUAAAAGAAGACGUCCUUAUGACACUAGUGUAGUUGUCAUGUUCGCCGAUUGGAACGAAAAGCCCCCUAUUAAGUCAACUCCAAGUCGUCCAGUUUUAGGAAUUAAUUCAGUAAUACAGAAUUUAUGGGAACGUGUGGUACGUGCUGAUCCUGGAAUUGUUUCACCUCGCAAAAGGAUCCUUCGGGAGUUGGAAAGAGUAACUCUGGAAGACCAAAACAACUCCAAACGGCAAAGAGCACGACCUAGUCCUGAACAACCAAAACCUGUCAGUAGUCACAGUAUCAACUCUAUACUGGCCCGGGAAGAUGAGCCGUCCUUCCUGCGGAGUCUUCUGCGGUCUUCUCCUCCUGCGGAAACAUUACCUACCCCUGUCCAUCACCCUCCACCCAUCCAUCCGCUUUACCCUUACCCGUCACCCUCCUAUGCGCCUCCAGUUCCCGCUCCCACUCCCGCCCCAUACUACUCCCCUCUGCCCAGCUAUAGGGGCUCCCCAAGUAUCUGGGCAAUGCACCAUCACCAUUACCCACUAUCGGGAGUGAGAAGCUCCUACCCUGUUCCUUCUUACCCCCCUGUCACCACCCCUCCCUGGAGUCUCCCCUACCAGCCUAUUGAUGUCAAAAGGGAUGACUGCACUUCAGAUGUGCCGUUAAACCUGUCAAAGGAUGCGGGGUGACAGCUGAUGUGCCGACAAUACUCUACUGCCUGCCUGUCAGUGGUAGAGCACAUGUGCGUCUGUGAGCGAAAUGUGCCUUCUGCAAGCACCCCUCCCUUCCCCUACCCACAUCUUCAUGUUCUCACCCCUCUCUCUUUGUAAAUAAGUUUCACUACUAGGUAAACAAAACAAUUAAUACUUAGGGUUUUUAUUUUUUAUUGAUAAAACAUAACAUUAUUAACCAUAAUGUAUCCUCGACUCAUUGUAUCGGUUAACGUUAGGUAAGAGUUGUAUAUACGAAUUAAAAAUACGACUGAUAGUAAAUUUUAAUGUAAAUUAUAGCAGAAAUCAAUGAAUUGCUUUAAAUAGUCUUAGACGGUAGAACCAGCUGAAAUUUUGCCAUUGUUUAACUUUUUUAUUCUUUUAGAAAAGAACCAAACCAAUUGCUUUAAGUGGGGAUACUAAUAACUUUGCAGAUUCGUUAAAAUUAUACAUGUUAAUAAAAUAUUAUUGCAUUAGUUAUAUAAAAUAUAACUUUUCUGGAUUUUUUUAUGAAAUCUAAGAGGAGGAAUUCUGCCAAAGCCUUGAGGAGAAUUCUUCUUCUUUCAUCCACAUAUGCAUUACUAUCUCUGUUUGUUUGAGAGUUUAUAUGGUGGUAAAUACAUAUACAUUUUUCCAAACCCAGGAAAAUAGGAAUAAAAAAUUGUUAGCUAAGAAAACUAGCUA